AUGUCUGAUUGUUGUUUUGAAUCAAAACUUUUGAUUAAUAACCAUUUGGGACAUUUUAAAAUCCUAGGACUCAUUGAAAAAUUGUUUAUUGUUGUCAUUGUCAUGUCAGGUUUCUCAGCAGAACAGAAAGAGUCACUCCAAAAGGAGUUUGUUGCACUACAGUCGGUCAUGAGUGCAACACAACAAGCUAAGUUCGAUGAGCUACACGCUGUUAUUAACCGUCUCGUUGCCCAAGCCUCAGCACCUUCACCGGUUAUAGCACCAGCGCCUGUUUCUGGUAAGCGUCUCAAAUUAGGUGCUCCUCCUCCGUUCAACGGUGAUGCCUCUUCCAUGCGCCAAUGGAUCGCUGCCGUCGAAAACCAGUUCAACUAUUACAAAACGCCGAACGACGAGAGGAUCCCGUUCGCCAGAUCUUUCUUGACAGGCCCUGCCUCGUCUUGGUUCAUCUCAGUCGAGGCAUCCAUAAAUUCUUGGGAUGCGUUCAAGUCGGCUCUCAAGAACAGAUUCUCCCCAGUCAACGCCGCCGAUGUGGCGCGUGCCAAGCUAUGGAAAUUAUCUCAAGAUAAACUCAGCAUACAAGAGUACACUAGCACGUUUGACCCGGCCACGGUCGCCACCCUCGCUGUACCGGUGCCACCUGUCACUUGCGCCCAGGCUGGAUCUCGCCCUAUAUCGGUUACCUUACUUGACCACCCUAUUGUUCACACCACCACUUCACCCUCUGCACAUGUUACUCCUUCUAUCCCUCCACCCGUUUCACCUGUUGCACCAUCUAUACAUGUUACUCCUUCUAUCUCUCCACCCGCUUCACCUAUUGCACCAUCUAUUGUUUCUCCUGUUUCACCGCCCAUUGUUUCAACUGUUAUUCCGCCUAUUGUCUUGUCUGUCACACCACCUGUUACCUCGCCUAUCAUCCCCUCGUCGCCACUCGCACCACCCGUUCCACCCCCCAUUCAUGUCGUCGUCCAAUCCGUCAUUCCCGAAUUGUCGGUCUCGGCCAUUCAACGCCUCUUUGUGGACGACGAUGUCGAUGAAUUCUUUAUCGUCAAACUGUAUCCCUCCCCUUCUUCCAACUCUGGCCUGGCCCACGUCGCCAGCGUCUCGUCGGCAAACCCUCGGUUCGCCAAACUCCUCGCCGACUACCAAGACGUUUUGGUAGACGCUUUACCAAACUACCUCGCUGACCACCGCUUGCACGACAUGGAGAUCGUCGAGGUGGAUGGUGCCAAGCCAGUCUAUCGCCGCAAUAAUCACCUCUCAUCGGAAGAGAAUAACGUCAUGUUCACCACUGUCGAGAAGGGUCUCGCAUCUGGUCGGAUCGCCCCGAGCAAGAGCCCGUACAACUCGGCUGUCCUCUUUGUUCGAAAGAAGGACGGCACUCUCCGUAUGUGCGUGGAUUUCCGCGCGCUAAACAAGCAGACGGUGGCCGACCGUUUCCCGUUACCAAGAAUCGACCAACUGAUCGAGAAGAUCGCAAAGGCCAAGAUCUUUUCAAAGAUCGACCUAAAGGACGGCUUCAAUCAGAUUCGUAUUAAGGAUGAGCAUACCCACAAAACAGCAUUUAGUACUCCGUCUGGUCACUACGAGUACACUGUCAUUCCUUUCGGGCUACGUAAUGCUCCGUCCGCCUUUGUUCGUGCCAUCAACGCGGCAUUCGCUGACAUUCUCGACACUUUUGUAAUUAUUUAUAUCGACGAUAUUCUUAUCUUCUCAGAGAAUGAAAACGACCACUACGAACACAUCAAGCAAGUUCUCGACCGACUACGUUCUAACAAAUUGUUCGCCAACAAAGCAAAGUCAUCGUUUCUAGUGAAGGAGGUAGAGUUCCUCGGUCACCUUAUCACUCCUGGGUACAUCCGUCCCCUUGCAGAUAAACUUGCCGCGGUCAAGGACUGGCCGACACCGUCUACCGUCACAGAACUACAAAGCUUCCUCGGGUUGUGUAAUUACUACCGUAAUUUUAUCGACCACUUUGCCGACCACGCGGCCCCGUUGUACGAUGCCACCACGAAAAAGACGUUAUCAUGGAGCGACUCGCUGUCAGCCGCGUUUGGCAAGAUCAAGUCGUUGCUUUGUGAGUGCACGUCCCUCUUCAUUCCAGAUAUGGACGGCCCGUUCACCGUCACCACUGAUGCGUCUGACUUUGGGAUCGGUGCUGUCCUCGAACAAGAUGGUAGACCUGUAGCGUUUGAAUCGCGCAAAAUGACUAAAGCAGAGAGAGACGCUGUUGGUACCGAUGACAAGAUAUUAUUAAUGGCAAAAGCCGUCUCCAUUUUCAUGUUUCUACAAACAAAUUAUGACAUCGACUCUGACACACCAGCCGUCAACGACUUUAUCGAUAACCGUAUCAUGUCUUGGAGACAUGCCACUCAAUGUCUCGCCGAAGCCCAAUCCAGCCAAAAGGAAUACCAUGACCGUGGUAAAGUUCAAGAGUCUCUCAACGUCGGUGAUAUGGUUCUACUAAACAGAAAGAAUAUCACUCUUGCCGCCGACUCGCGUCGACACAGUUGGAAAUGGUACAACAAGUGGAUAGGUCCAUUCAAGUGGACCGGUCUCGACAACUACAACAACCGCUGGUCUACUAGAGAUCAAAUACCGACACACAUACUCGACGAGUUUGAACAGCUAAACCCUGAGCAUGCGAUGCACAACAGCACCAACAAGAAGAGUCCAACCGACGACUCUACAACCGACAUACUUUCAAACGACACCACUUUAAACCUUAACUCUACACCGAAUGGUCACGUCGACUCUUCCGACUCCAACGUCACGGUUAACCUUGUUCCCUCUGUAUUCAAUACUACACAAUCUCCAGUCAUCACCGAGGCUCCAGACGCCACACCCAACCCCGUUCUUUCCAAACCAUUGCCACCAUCCAUCCUGCUCCGGAGAAUUCUCCAAAAACCAGUCUCUCCUUCCGCCACUGCUAAACCACCUUCUCCUGCCCCAUCCAUCACGGCCAAGGCUCACUCUCCCUCGCUAGCCAAUACUCCAGCUUCGGGGAAGGACUUUAAAAGAAUUGCACCAAAAGAUGCUGGCAAAUUGGAAAGAGAGGCUAGAUCCAAGAGCGGCUCAAUGCAUGCAAGCUCCCUUCUCCAUCCAAGAAAUGGAAGAUGCCAUCAAACAAUCAAAACUACACUCAGCCCCAGGCCCAGAUGGCUUGCCCUACGAGGUAUUCAAAACACACUCACAAAGAACCGCACCUCUACUAUUGGACUUUUACAACUCGUUGAUGAGAGACCCACUAUCCAUCAACCCAGAGUUCAAAUCUGGUGUCAUUCACUCUCUAAUGAAAAAGGGUGA